GUGUCAUUUACGAUUAGCAACUCGCGGCGAACGGACGUCUGUAAAAAAUAGCCGGGAAAAAAAACGAAGUGCGAUUGCCGAAGAAAAACAGAGAUUUCAAAUAAUGAAGAAAUGCAAAUGAAACAGAAGAAAAUAAAAAUAAAGCAAAGUGCGUGAUUUCCAUCUCCUCAGUGUUGUGAAAUUCCCAGCAGAGUCUAACGGCGAAUUGCGAAUGCCGACUCAAAAAGUGCGAAAACAAAAACGUGACGCCAGUUUUCAAUAUUCUCUAGCGAAAAUCAUGUGUUUUUUGUUAUACCCUGUGCUUUGUGUUUAAUGUAGCUGACGACAAACAAAAUAUUAGAAUUGUGUGCGUCGGGAAUCCGAAUUCCAUCCCCUCGUGUUGUGUUAUUAUUGUAUUGAAGUUUAAUUUGCCUUUACCACACACAACAACACAGAAAAACAACAACACCGAAACUAAACCAAACCAAACCAAAAACAAACCGCGAAUUUUGCAGGUUAGCCCACCCGAAAGAGGCACAAAAAUCAAUUAUAUGUUGGCCAGUGCCGGGUUUGCAGUGGAAUCGGGUUGAAAGCCAUCGAUAGCCACACACACACAAUGACGGAGCACCAGGCCGAGGAGCAGGCGGACACGCCGCCCACCAAGGUCAAGGCCACGCCCACACCCACCCCGAGUGGAAAGUUCAAGGACGCCAAGGAAGAUGCCUUCCUGUCCACAUCGCCGGACAGCGCCAACGGCGAUGCCCAGCACAAGCUGCCAGCGGACCAGCUGGCCAUGUCCUCCAGUGCGCAUCCCCAGCAGCCGGGCCAAGCCCGCCCGCUCAUCCUGCAAGCCUUCCAUCGCUGCUCCUCGCCGGAACAGUGCGUCACGCUGCACGACAUCCUGGACUCCUUCAAGGCCCCGCUCUCCGAGGACCAGGCCUGGGCCCUGAUCCACCAGUUCGCCGGGCUCUACCACCAGGUGGCCGUCCAAGCGCACACCUGUGCCGCGGACUACGAGGCCGCGCUGCCCACCGGAUUCGAGCUGCACUUCCACCGCGACGGCAGCGUCCACUUCUCCGGCCCGGAUCAGCUGACCCCCAAGGAGCAGCUGCAGCAGGAGCAGAGCCCCCUACCCCCGCAGCACGACGUGACUGUGGAUCAGCCGGACCACAGCGCCAGCAGCAGCGGCGACAGCAGCGUCAUCAACAGAGCGUUCGACAACAGCAAUCACCACCACCACCAUCAUCACCCGCCGCUCGUCGUCUCGCAUAGAAAGAUUAUCAGCGAACUGGCGGAAAUCGUCUACACUGCGUUGGAUUACAAUCUGCCGGAGGACGAGGAGUGCCAAGUGUCACAGGAGCUGGAGAAUCUGUUCAACUUUAUGACGGCAGAUGAAACAGACGAUGAUUGCAUUGACGAGGGCAUCGACGAGGGCGACAAGCGCUGGGACGACGAAUCCGAGGAGGAGCGCAACGAUACCAAAGAACUAGAGCACAUAAUCGAGACCUGCAGAAAUCACAUAAAAACCACCCUGCCAGAGAACCACUAUAGAGCUGUCUGCAGAGCCCUCGUGACGGAGACCAUAGAGCUCCGAGUAUUUCUGCAGCAGGUCCUGAACAAUGCAGGUGCCGAGAAGCUGAUCAAGGCCUCGGAAUCAUCGGCCACCACGCAACAAGAACUGGCGAAGCUGGGCUUCAACGACUGGGCACGCUUCUGGGUGCAGGUGAUCGACGAACUGCGACGCGGAGUGCGGCUGAAGAAGAGCAACCACGAGCGCACUCCCAUCGAAUACGAGCUGACGCCCUACGAAAUACUCAUGGGCGAUAUCCGAGCCAAAAAGUAUCAGUUGCGCAAGGUGAUGGUGAACGGAGAUAUUCCGCCGCGCGUCAAGAAAGAUGCCCACGCCAUGAUCUUGGAGUUCAUCAGGUCACGGCCGCCGCUGAAGAAGGCCAGCGAUCGACAAUUGGGCCCACCGCGCAUGUGCGAGCCUUCUCCGCGGGAGCAGCUCAUGGAGUCCAUACGGAAGGGGAAGGAGCUCAAGCAGAUCACCCCGCCGGAAGCACCGACCCUCAGGGAAAGGGUGCUUCCAAAUGCGAACUCCACGCUGUCACGAUCCAGACAGCGGCUCAUCAAAGUGGACUUCUCCAAGUUUCAGGACGACGAUCUCUUCUACGAUGAGAACAGCAUCAGCAGCUCCCACUCCACAGCGGCCACCCACCAGCAUCAUCCACAUCUCGCCGAGAUGCACCGCUGCUCGCAGCCCAAGAUGCCGCCGUAUCCAUUCGGUGGCUACAUGGUGCCCAGUCAGGCACGGCAAGAUUGCCGGGAGACGGCGGCGCUGAUGCGGCCCCGACGCACAAUGGAGCCGGCAAAGCAGGCGGCGCCUCCAGAAGAGCCAUCCUUCACGAAGGACGAGUACCACAAGUUCUACGACACGGCCCUGGAAUCCUACGACCUGGCCACUCAGUGCGAGUCGAGGAGGGCUUCCCUGCGGCGCCACACCAUCGUUGGAUGCCAGAGCAACCUGGACGAGACGCACUCAAUGCCGCCCACGCGGCCCGAGUCGCGUCAAUCGGACGACGUCAGCAAGGAGACGUCUAAGAGAAGUCCUGCGGAGCAGACCCAUCCCUCAGACGAGGGCAGUUCAACAUCCUCGCUUGGGCCAUGGAACAAGUCCUUCAUGGACAAACAGACGUGGAUGGAACGGGGUGACGAUCGGCUGUCCGUCACGCUGGCGGAGAUCGUUCACAUCCGUUCCGUCAUGACCAAGGCGGAGCUGGAGGGCCUGCCGAUGGACGUGCGCGUCAAGGAGGAUGUUGAAAAGCGUCGCGUCUGCUUCCUGUGCCUGCGCACUCGGUUCUCGUUCUUCGGUCCCUGGGGCAUCCAGUGCAAGCUGUGCCAGCGCACGGUCUGCGCCAAGUGCUAUACCAAGAUGCGAAUUCCCUCGGAGCACUUCCGGAACGUGCCCCUCGUGCUGAUCUCGCCAUCGCUGCUGUCCAGUCCGGCCAGCUCGAGCACCCCAUCACCCUCCCAUCAUGCCCAGCAGGCGCACUCAUCCUCGACGGGGAACAUAAUGGACGACCAGUUCCCCAAGUCGCUGAUAGAGCGUCUUUUGCGAUCCGAGUCAGAUCGAAAGACUCGCAGCACCGUGGGCAGUGCCCCAUCCUCACCCAAGCACCAAAGAUCAAAUAUGAGCACACCGGGCAUUAGCGUGGGACCCGGAGCAUCCUCCUCAGCGGCCGCCACUGGACAGGCCGUGGAGGCACUGCACGACCAGGCGACCAUGUCGUCCUCGUAUUCCGCGGCCAUGCGACCCUCGGGCGUCCACCAGCAGCAGAAGCAGCACUACAACAACGCCAUGUCGAGGAGCAUGGAGGGACCCCGAAGUCUGCCCGUGCACAGUCCAGCAUAUCGACCGCUCUCCAAUAACAGCACACUGGAGAGGAAAUCCCGCUUCUCGAGGGGAUUCAACCUGUUCUCCUCGGGCAGCCAUCUUGCCCAGACGCAGGAGCAAAAGGAGAACCUGCGCGGCGAGCAGGUGACCGUGUGCAACGACUGCCAGGGACUGGUCAACGAGAUCACCAGCUCCGUGAAGCAGAAACGCAGCUCUGCCCGUAACCGCACCAUUCAGAAUCUCACCCUGGAUCUGACGCCCGUUUGGAAGUAGGCGGGAAUCAGAUCAGAGAUAGGAUAACUCCGCAGUGCGUUUGAAGACCGUAGGAUGGUUGCAAUGGAGUUCUAACGACUGACUUGGCUCUGCAUCGCUAUACAUACUACCAUUGACUACAUGACAUUGAUGAUGACUCAUUGACAGACAACAGACACUAUUUGAUUACUGACCACAUUCCUUACCUGAGAGAAUUUUCAGUUUCAGCGCGGCUGUUUUAGGGCCUUCAGAACGCACUUGCACACUUAGCUAUUUACAUACAUGCAUAGAUAUGGAUUAGAUCGACUGUUGUACACAUAAAAGAAUAGAGCCUCGAGGAGCCUCGUUUGUAAAUCGUGUUAGUCUAGUGAAUAAGCAGAGGAAAUACCGAGAAUUCCUGGCUGAAGCUUUGUACAUUUUCUGCCGGCUACAGAGAGAUCCGCUUGAGCGCACCCCACCACUUACUAUUUAUAAAGGAGCUAACUUACACGUCGCUACACAUUAAAUUAUCGCAGAUCGCAACGCGAUGCCGUUGUUUAUAAUUGUUCAAAGUAUGCGUAAAAGUUGAUUAAGUACAUGUAAUCAUAACUCUUGUAUCCGCGUAUAUCAAGUGCACAUAUAUUCGACCUCACUUGUACCCUGUACCCUGCUCCUGCAUUCGUUUCAGCACGAGCGACGUAUUGAUCAUACAGAAUACAUCGAUAUUCGCAAUACGAUUUCCAGUUCAGAAAGAAAUUUCGUUGUUGAGAUAGUUAUCCAAAAAUGUUGUGAAACUUUUGUGCUUGCGCAGAUCUUUGUUUACCUUGUGAAGUUUUCGUUUUGUUCCCCUAUUAACUACAAUGUCAAUGUAUAACGCAAGAACCACUUGAUAGCCUAAUUUAAUUUUAGUCGGCGUUGCUAUGCAGCCCAAACUAUUUAGUUAAUUCGCUUAGUUUUAAUUCUCCCUAAGUGCGUCUAAGUUGUAAGCGACGUCUAUAUAAUUGUACAAGCUGAUGAUGCAAAGCAAACCCCUAACGAACAUUAUAUUACCUAAUUGUAGCUGCUAUUAUAGUUUUUCUAACCGUUUUUGAACAAUUUUGUUUGAUUUAUCUGUAAUUGUAAAUGCAUUUAAGUACUUGUAAUAUUAAAUUUUAUGCUUUUAAGCUAAAUUCAUUUACAAUAAUUUAAUACACACACGAACACACAAAGAGAUCGAAAAUACACAAAACAGCAAUAAUAAAUGAAAAUACAAACUAAUGAACAAGAUUCAGUUUUUA